CCAUACCCAGACUAGAAAGGGUUUGACUGUGGUGUGGUAAGCUUCAUCAACCAAGGGAGAGAGCGAGAGCUGAAAAACGACUUCGGAAGAACAGCUUAGAACAGCGUUUUUUGGUUGUCACUGUCUAAGAUCAAUCAUGAUGUUCGGCAAGACGUGGGUUUUUACAGUUGUGGUGAUGGUCCUAUUGGCGACGUCGGGCACCGAGGGCUUUCGAAUUCGCAACCCCAAGUCUAAAAACACUCCGCAGAAAUCUACGGUUACGAAGGAUCGGCCCACUCAGCAGAAAUCGGCGACUGCAAUUACAAAGGAUCUGCCCAUCAAUGGUCAAAAUUACCGAGAGAUGGAAGAAUUGAAGGCACGAGUUGGAAGCUUGGAGCGCACCGUAGGCAGCAUGUCCCGGACCAUGGGGCAGAUCGGACUCAAGAUGAAGGAAACGGAGAUCUCUCGUGACCGACUCGAUCCAGACGAUGUGCGCCAAAUGCGUGAGAGGUUGGAGACAAUGAUUCACAGGGUAGACAACUUGGAUGAGUGGCGCUCACGGCAAGGUGGUGAAGAAAGCAGCAAUGCCAACGCCGGCGGCCAAUCGAAUGACAAUGAAGAGCAGCCGGAGGGACCUGUCAUCCCGCGCCCCAUGCCGGGAUUGUUUCCCGGAGGUGAAGAAGACGACCAGGAGCAAGGGGCCGGAGGCACCAGUGAAGGUAGCGACCAAAGUCAAGAGGGUGAUCUCACCGAGGAUGGGGACGGCGGUAACACAGGUGAUGGGCGUCUCCCCCUGUUCCCUAACGUCGGAAUUCCUGGACCCAACCCCGGUCCACCGAGUCCACCGGGCGAUUUCAACGAGGGUGAUGACGGCGACAACACAGGUGUUUCAUUCCAGAAUGGGCGUCUACCCAUAUUCCCCCCUAACUUCGGACAUGGGGGCGAUCUUCCCAACAUCAUGCCCCAGGUUUUUCCUCCCAUCUAUGACUCAGAGCAUCCUCCCAACCCUGAGCCACAGAUCCUUCCCAUCCCUGGCCCACAGCAUGUUCCCAACCCUGAUGGGCCCGAGAUCCUUCCUCCCCUCCGUGGCCCAGUGUUUGGCCCCAACCCUGGCCCAGCGGGCGCCAGUGACGGUGGUGAUGAUAGCGAAGAGGUGGGUGGGAUCAUUCCGAGUGGUUUCAGUGAGAUGCUCGAUCGCUUUCGUGGAAUGGGUCUAGCUCCACCCCAGUGGCAGCCCGUAUACACGGAGGAGGAAGAGGAGCCACAGGAAGAGGAAGAGGAGGCAAUCGCACCACUGGAGCCAUCCAUCCAAAUGGGGCGGUCUAUGCCUGGUGGUUUUAACUUCCCCGGCUGAUGGCUCAGUAGACAGUGAAUAAAGAUGAAUAAAGGGGUGAGUUGAACGAAAACAGCAUGGUACCAACAAAGCAACGUAGAUUAGAGAAAACAGUUUAAAAAUGCAGAUUUUCAGCUUAGGAUGCCUACCAUUUGUGGAGAUUUUUUUUGCUAGGGAGACAUCAACGCGAGACAAUUGGGAAGAAACUAAUUACUGUUUGUACAGUUAUGAAAAUUAGGGUAAAGAUCUUGAGAUUGUGAUAAAAAUGGGAUUUCACUUCAUUCUCUUGUAACUUGUAAAAUGUUUAAGUAAUGUGAAAUUGAUUGGGAAACAUUAAGGUAAUAAAACCUGUGACAUUUUUCUGAAAAAAAUCCUACUAUGAAACAAUAUGUUACUGGUGACCUAGAAUUAUAAGCAUUCCCCAAUAACAUGGCUAGACUUGUCAGAAACUAUAUUGUCAUUGGUGAGAAAUCUGUGUUUGGUUUGGAUUUGGUUUGUAAGCUUUAAGUACGGUGUUUUGAUAUGCGUAGGUGCCUGUUUGUUGAAAUGUGUACACAACUUUGCUUUCUUUUCUUUUCUAAAACGCGCCAUCACUCACUGAUGGUAACAUAUGAAAUAGUAAAUUUGUGAUUUUGUUGGCACUGCUUGAAAUAAAUGACUAACAAGCUUGA